AUGCCGGCAUAUCGUUUGACUUAUUUUGAUGGCCGAGGACGGGGAGAAGCAAUUAGACUUGCUUUAGCUGUAGCAGGACAGGAAUAUGAAGAUAUAAGGAUAAAAGAUAAUGAGGAAUGGGAGAAAGUUAAGUCAGAAAUGCCGCUGAAUGCAGUGCCCAUAUUUUCUGUAGACGGAGAGACGAUUUCACAAAGCACCGCGAUUUUGCGAUACAUUGCUAGAGAAUACAAUCUGUAUGGGGACGGAAACAUGAAUAUGACUAAAGUAGACACACUUAUUUCAACAUACGAAGACUUUUUCGGCGAGAUGAUUAAACCAUUUAUGGAGCCAGAUGAAGGAAAGAAGAAAGAUAUGACACAGACGUUGAAGGAGAAAACGGUUCCAAAAUUUGUGAAAUUUGUAGGUAAAAUGUUGAGUGACAAUGCGGAGAAUAGCGGUUGGUUGGUAGGAUCGAAGCUGACAGUCGCUGAUAUUGCCAUAUUCUGCAUGUUUGGAGAUGUCGAAGGAAUGCUUGGUAAAGACACCGCAAAAGCCUUUCUGGAAGACAAGAAUCUUGUCGCUCACAAUGAAAGAGUUGCUUCCUUCCCUGCAAUUAAGGAAUGGAUAGCAAAAAGACCACAAUCACAGUGUGAUAACGCUGAAGUUCGUUUGAAGCUUGAAGGUUACAACCUGGCAUCGGCAGCUGAUGCUGGUGUAUUGGAUGAUGUUUUUAAUGAAGCAGAGGACGUUUGUCCUUCAGGAACGCCAACUCGCAUUCCUUAUCUGACGGUUGCCGACAUUGUUGUGUUCUACAUGUUUGGAGCUGCAGAAAAUUUGUAUGGUAAGGACACAGCGAAAGCCUUUUUGGAGGACAAGAAUUGGGUCGUUCACAGUGCCAAAGUUGCUGCUGUACCUGAGAUAAAGGAAUGGUUGCAGAACAACCCAAAACAUCGUUUUAGUUACUGCCUACACCAGCGUUUUAGUGAAUCCACUAGUCACAAGAUGCCAACCUACAAAUUGCAUUAUUUCCCUAUCCGAGCCAGAGGAGAGCUCAUCAGGCUGAUUUUCGCCGCAGCAGGGGAGACUUUUACAGAUCAGAUCAUCACAUUCGCAGAUUGGCCAUCAAAAAAAUCAGAGAUGCCAACAGGCCAACUGCCGGUCCUUGAGGUCGAUGGUGAAAAGCUGUGUCAGAGUCUCACGAUUGUACGGUUCCUAUCACGAGAGUUUGGUUUGGCUGGAGAGAACAACUUUGAGCAGGCUAAGGCCGAUCAGGUAGUCGACACCGUUGGGGAUUUGUUGACAGAGUUCUUCAAGUAUGCAUUUGAGAAGGAUGAGACGAAGAAGGAGGAGCUGAAAAAGAAAACCUUCGAUACCGUUCUAUCAACAUUUGCUACAAACGUGACCAAAUUUCUUGAUAUGAACAAAACCAAGAGUGGUUACUUUGUUGGGAAAAAGUUGACCGUUGCUGAUUUGGCAGUGUAUGAAGGGUUCGAGGAUUUUCUGGUGGUGGACCCCAGCUCACUGGACAAAUACCCUAAACUAGUUGCCCACAGGAAGCUGGUUUUAUCUAAUCCCAGAGUGAAAGCGUAUCUGGACAAACGACCGAAAACCAAUGUGUAGAACAGCGGUCAUAUAUGCAAUUGAAAUAACUUCUUGGUCGAGAUUGUCCUGAUGUUAUUCUUUGAAUCCAAGUGGACCAAAGAAGAAUUUAAUAGUAGUAAACUUAGUGAAGAGAAUCAUGGCUCCUAACCUCUUGUCUUAUUCAACCAGGAGAACAGGACAUUAGCGUUGUCAGGGAAUUACUAUCUGUAACUAGUACAUACGCAUGUAAGUGUGGAUUUAGAUAUUUUAUCACCGUAAACAAUGGCACAAGAGAUCCACAACUGCUGUUUCAUUUUUAUGGAGUAUUUUUGAUUUUACAUGUUUAUUUUCGAUCAUACAUUUACUUGUUUAUUUUAUUUUAUUAAAUAAGUUACUCAAUA